AUGGAGACAGGGAAGCAGAUGUUCGAUGCUUCGAGAUGGGCAAAAGCAGACGUUCUGACUCUGCUGGCACAGCAGAGGCCGGACUCGCUUUUCUGGGGGUCAGCCGAUCACACGGCGGGCGGUGACCAGGGGCUAGCAGCAGGCUCCGCUGGCAAGGGCGGAGAGGGCAAGGGCGGAGAGGGCAAGGGCGGAGAGGGCAAGGGCGGAGAGGGCAAGGGCGGAGAGGGCAAGGGCGGAGAGGGCAAGGGCGGAGAGGGCAAGGGCGGAGAGGGCAAGGGCGGAGAGGGCAAGGGCGGAGAGGGCAAGGGCGGAGAGGGCAAGGGCGGAGAGGGCAAGGGCGGAGAGGGCAAGGGCGGAGAGGGCAAGGGCGGAGAGGGCAAGGGCGGAGAGGGCAAGGGCGGAGAGGGCAAGGGCGGAGAGGGCAAGGGCGGAGAGGGCAAGGGCGGAGAGGGCAAGGGCGGAGAGGGCAAGGGCGGAGAGGGCAAGGGCGGAGAGGGCAAGGGCGGAGAGGGCAAGGGCGGAGAGGGCAAGGGCGGAGAGGGCAAGGGCGGAGAGGGCAAGGGCGAAGAGGGCAAGGGCGAAGAGGGCAAGGGCGAAGAGGGCAAGGGCGAAGAGGGCAAGGGCGAAGAGGGCAAGGGCGAAGAGGGCAAGGGCAAAGAGGGCAAGGGCAAAGAGGGCAAGGGCGAAGAGGGCAAGGGCGAAGAGGGCAAGGGCGAAGAGGGCAAGGGCGAAGAGGGCAAGGGCGAAGAGGGCAAGGGCGAAGAGGGCAAGGGAGAAGAGGGCAAGGGAGAAGAGGGAAAAGAGGGCAAGGGAGAAGAGGGCAAGGGAGAAGAGGGCAAGGGAGAAGAGGGCAAGGGAGAAGAGGGCAAGGGAGAAGAGGGCAAGGGAGAAGAGGGCAAGGGAGAAGAGGGCAAGGGAGAAGAGGGCAAGGGAGAAGAGGGCAAGGGAGAAGAGGGCAAGGGAGAAGAGGGCAAGGGAGAAGAGGGCAAGGGAGAAGAGGGCAAGGGAGAAGAGGGCAAGGGAGAAGAGGGCAAGGGAGAAGAGGGCAAGGGAGAAGAGGGCAAGGGAGAAGAGGGCAAGGGAGAAGAGGGCAAGGGAGAAGAGGGCAAGGGAGAAGAGGGCAAGGGAGAAGAGGGCAAGGGAGAAGAGGGCAAGGGAGAAGAGGGCAAGGGAGAAGAGGGCAAGGGAGAAGAGGGCAAGGGAGAAGAGGGCAAGGGAGAAGAGGGCAAGGGAGAAGAGGGCAAGGGAGAAGAGGGCAAGGGAGAAGAGGGCAAGGGAGAAGAGGGCAAGGGAGAAGAGGGCAAGGGAGAAGAGGGCAAGGGAGAAGAGGGCAAGGGAGAAGAGGGCAAGGGAGAAGAGGGCAAGGGAGAAGAGGGCAAGGGAGAAGAGGGCAAGGGAGAAGAGGGCAAGGGAGAAGAGGGCAAGGGAGAAGAGGGCAAGGGAGAAGAGGGCAAGGGAGAAGAGGGCAAGGGAGAAGAGGGCAAGGGAGAAGAGGGCAAGGGAGAAGAGGGCAAGGGAGAAGAGGGCAAGGGAGAAGAGGGCAAGGGAGAAGAGGGCAAGGGAGAAGAGGGCAAGGGAGAAGAGGGCAAGGGAGAAGAGGGCAAGGGAGAAGAGGGCAAGGGAGAAGAGGGCAAGGGAGAAGAGGGCAAGGGAGAAGAGGGCAAGGGAGAAGAGGGCAAGGGAGAAGAGGGCAAGGGAGAAGAGGGCAAGGGAGAAGAGGGCAAGGGAGAAGAGGGCAAGGGAGAAGAGGGCAAGGGAGAAGAGGGCAAGGGAGAAGAGGGCAAGGGAGAAGAGGGCAAGGGAGAAGAGGGCAAGGGAGAAGAGGGCAAGGGAGAAGAGGGCAAGGGAGAAGAGGGCAAGGGAGAAGAGGGCAAGGGAGAAGAGGGCAAGGGAGAAGAGGGCAAGGGAGAAGAGGGCAAGGGAGAAGAGGGCAAGGGAGAAGAGGGCAAGGGAGAAGAGGGCAAGGGAGAAGAGGGCAAGGGAGAAGAGGGCAAGGGAGAAGAGGGCAAGGGAGAAGAGGGCAAGGGAGAAGAGGGCAAGGGAGAAGAGGGCAAGGGAGAAGAGGGCAAGGGAGAAGAGGGCAAGGGAGAAGAGGGCAAGGGAGAAGAGGGCAAGGGAGAAGAGGGCAAGGGAGAAGAGGGCAAGGGAGAAGAGGGCAAGGGAGAAGAGGGCAAGGGAGAAGAGGGCAAGGGAGAAGAGGGCAAGGGAGAAGAGGGCAAGGGAGAAGAGGGCAAGGGAGAAGAGGGCAAGGGAGAAGAGGGCAAGGGAGAAGAGGGCAAGGGAGAAGAGGGCAAGGGAGAAGAGGGCAAGGGAGAAGAGGGCAAGGGAGAAGAGGGCAAGGGAGAAGAGGGCAAGGGAGAAGAGGGCAAGGGAGAAGAGGGCAAGGGAGAAGAGGGCAAGGGAGAAGAGGGCAAGGGAGAAGAGGGCAAGGGAGAAGAGGGCAAGGGAGAAGAGGGCAAGGGAGAAGAGGGCAAGGGAGAAGAGGGCAAGGGAGAAGAGGGCAAGGGAGAAGAGGGCAAGGGAGAAGAGGGCAAGGGAGAAGAGGGCAAGGGAGAAGAGGGCAAGGGAGAAGAGGGCAAGGGAGAAGAGGGCAAGGGAGAAGAGGGCAAGGGAGAAGAAGGCAAGGGAGAAGAAGGCAAGGGAGAAGAAGGCAAGGGAGAAGAAGGCAAGGGAGAAGAAGGCAAGGGAGAAGAAGGCAAGGGAGAAGAAGGCAAGGGAGAAGAAGGCAAGGGAGAAGAAGGCAAGGGAGAAGAAGGCAAGGGAGAAGAAGGCAAGGGAGAAGAAGGCAAGGGAGAAGAAGGCAAGGGAGAAGAAGGCAAGGGAGAAGAAGGCAAGGGAGAGAGUAAGGAAGACACCAGGUGGACUCCCAUGUUGAGUGAAGACAAGUGA